AGUUCGACAAAAUACCUGCAAUAGGUAUGGGUGUUGCAAUUACUAGUCAAACAACACAAACCACCAAAACUGUAAAUGAAAAUAUAGUUCUCGACUUCUAUGUCAAAGAAAAAGUUGGUGAGAAAGAGCCGAACGACUUCUGGGUAGAAGUCAGGCAUAAACAUGUCUUAAAAUUAGAAGAAAUUUCUUUACUUUCCAUACAUAUUAGCAAUAAAAACACAAACAAUCAAGCCAUCAAUAUUCCUUGGUUGUCCCAAGGUAGCAGUUCCGCAUGUACCCUUCACAGAAUCAAUUGUACAUCUCGAGGAGCCACACCAAGAACCCUACGAAAAGAUUGUCCCACAUUAUCUCAAAUGGGCCCAACAAUUAUACCUUCUUUUAGCUUUAGUCUUCAGGCAGCUUUAAAAGCAAAUCCAGUACCAUUACUAGCUAAACAAACAACGUCAAGUCAAGAAACACAAGAUCAAAAUGAUCUAACAGAUCCUGAAUCUAAUUGA